AUGGUCCUGGAGUACAUGGACGGCGGGUCGCUCCACGACGUCGUCCACGCGGGGGGUUUGCGGGGCCACGACGGCGCGCUCCGCCACCUCGCGGGCGAGACGCUCAAGGGGCUGCGGCACUUGCACGCGUCGGACGUCGUCCACCGCGACGUCAAGCCGUCGAACGUCUUGGUGUCGCGGAGCGGCCGCGUGAAGAUCGCGGACCUGGGGCUGGCGGCGAAGGACGACGACCGGGCCCAUGUGUUGAUGGAGGGGUCCUUGAUGUACUUCUCGCCGGAAAGGCUUCGAGGCGACUGCCACGCGGCCGCGGACGUCUGGGCGCUCGGCGUGACCCUGUUCUCCGUCGCCGCGGGCCGCCACCCCUUC